CAAAGUGAAGAAGAGAUUUUUCUUAAAAAAUUAAAGAUUUUGUGAUUGAUUUGUGUUGAAAAUGGAAACGUGGGACACUUUGGUCCCCGUUAUCGUGCAGUACUUGCAGGACAAGCAAGAACACAACUUGAAAAAGUUAUUUUUGAUGAUAAAGGAUACUUUGGUCCAUAAUGCAGAUGUUGGCGUGUUGGCAAAAGUUGAUGGAGGAAUUGUUCAGUUAUCGAGUCUUAAUUCUUGGUUGAUUUUUGCAAUUAUUCAGGCUGUCACGAAUUCACCGAAUGAUGAAGAGAUGAUAAAAGCUUCAGUUCAGCUCCUCACAGAAAUUUUGGCUGCUUGUUUAUCAAAAGAUUUGAAGCUUUUCCGCAUCUUGACUGAAAAUUUGGUUACUUUUAUUCAAGAAAUCGUCGAAAUUCUCGAAUCUCAAGAAUUUCCAGCGAAAAUUUCGUUCGCCAAAGGAAACAAUUUUCAAGCAAAACCCUUUUUGGAAGCAAAAAUUAAAGAAACUGUGAUAAUUGUCAAAGACAAAAACGUUCUUCUCGCAAUUUUGAUUGCCCAAACUCAAGUUUUCGCUCAAAUUUUCAGUCUAAUCGGCAAUUCUCACACGGAUCUCUUGGAAAAAACGAACAAUUCGUUCAUAAAAAUUUUCGAUUCAAAAAAUACUUCGAUGCGACUGAAAAUCGAGACUUUAACUUACUUCACGAGAAUUUGUCAGCGCAGCAAAGAGCUUUCGCACGAGUUUUUGGAUCAUUUGGUGACGAUUGUCAACAGUUUCGGCAACAUGAUGCGCUAUAAGGAAAUUUGGAGUGUCGCUGCGAAGGAAAAACUCACUUGGGACUCGAUUUAUUUUGGGAUUAAAAUGUUUUUGCGUGAAAUUCCGAAAAUUAAACACGAAGAACCGAACUUUGUGGAAGGAAUUUGCGAAAAUUUGCUGCUUUGGAUGUCAAAUGGGUGUCAAAGUCUCUCCCAAAACAAGUCGGAUGAAGGAAAUAUUCGUCAAUUCGUGUUGCUGGCGAAGAAAACUUUGAAAAAAUUGAACGACGAUCACGAUGGAGACCUAAUUUCAAAACAAAACAUCAUUCCUUUCCUCGAAUAUUUGGAAAUUCUCCCCGAAUUGAGUUCCUUAUUUGCUCCAUUGAUCGUUUCUGAAGUAAAAUCAACCGGAGAAAGUGAAUUAUUGACAAAUUUAGUGAAAUUUAUCGAAGAUGCCGCUCAAAAAACUACUUCAACUCACAAUUUCACGUCUUUGGAAGCUCUUGAGGCAUCUCUCAUGUAUUGGAAAGAAAUUUUUUGCCUCAUCCAAGCUGUGAACGAGCAAAAUUUGAGACAAUCUCAAGUCAGUUACAUGAAAAAGAACGAUAAACUGCCGGAAAAUAUGGAUUUUUGUUGCUUAGAAGCACUUAAAGUACUCAAACCGAGCGUUUCGGCAGUCGUUACGAGUUUGCUGAAUCAAAUUUCAAAGACACAAUUGACCUUGACGAGCGAUUUUAUGGCUGUUGUGCUGCUGGAUUUUGCUUUUGCAGGGUUAAAAGGUCUAUUGGAGGCUAAUUUUAUAACGGAAGAGCCAAAAAUGUUCUUGUUUUAUUUGCUGUUGUCGCCUUUUUGUUGUAUUGGAUCAGCUUUGAGCUCGAAAUUGCCACAAAAUAUCGUCAAGUUUUACAAAAACGAAGCCUCAGACAAGGAAUUCCAGAUAACAAUAAUGACCAAAUCCUUCAUUUCCUUAUUCAACUUAAACUUAAAAAUCGUAAAAAGCACCGAAAUCCAAUCUUUGGUCACUUCAGUAUUAAAUUUCGUCAUCACAAAUCCCGAAUUCGUUUCCAUCGCCGAAAAUUGCAUCAAAUUAUCGCCGCACAUAAUUUUGAACAGCAACAUUGACGUCACUUGGAUUCGAGAUAAAAUUUUCUUGCCUGCAUUCAACAAAUCCGAAGCCCGUCAAGAACUUCUUGAAAUAUUUUUAGACUUAAUUUACCUCGCCGAGCCAAAUUCCUUCGUUCUUUGCUACAAAUCCAAAACGGAUCUCAACAAAUUUCUCACAAUUGCUCCAAAUUGCUUAAUUCACGCGGAUUGCAUCUGCCUUCAGGAGCUGAAAAACAAAAAUGUGAUUUUUUUACUCGAAAAAAUGAAGAAACAUCACGGAUUUUUACGAAAAAUAACAAUUUCGGACCAAACAAGGGCAGUUUUGAACGAAUUAAUUGAAAAAUACAUUCCAAUCAUCACAAGUCAAGAUCCGGCAACGCAACUUCAAGUGUUGCAAAUCAUCCCACAAUUGAUCAAAAAUGUCAAAUUCAUGUUAGAAGAGCCACAAAUCGCAGCUUGGAUCAAAAUUUUGUCAUCUCCGCAUUUGAAAGUCUUGUUAAGCGCUGCAAAUAACUUCAAAAUUAUCAUAAAUCAAACAAAAAGUCGCUUAGAAAGUCUUGAGGGCGACUCAAAAAUCAUCACAAUCGAUAAAUUCAAGUCUUUAGUACUGAACGAGCUCAUCAAAAGUCUCAACCAGGCCUUUUCGGAGCAAAAUAAGGAAUAUCAAGAGACAUUUUUGCUCAUUUUAAAAAAUUAUUCUGCCACAAAAGACGUCACAGAAACGGAAAUUUUGGAUUGUUUUCGUUUUGCGCUGAGAUUUCUUGUGAAAAACGACUCCAAAGUCAAAAGUCAGGCAUUCAAAGCGAUCGAAACGAUUUGCCUUAAUUAUCAAGUUCGACCAAAUGAGGUCUUUAAUUGGUACAAAAUGGCGAAUACUCGAUUUUUGAUGGAUAUUGUCGCCACAAAUUAUUGCAAGUCGAAGGUUAAGAUGAUGGAUUCGAUUAAAGAUUUGCCGAGAUUGUUCGGAUUUGAGACGAACGUUUAUUUUGUGAUGCGGUAUCAUAAGAUGAUGAUUGCUGUGUUGCUUCCGUUGGUGUUGAAGAACAAAAAAUGCGAAGACAUCUUAAACGAAAUAGCCACAGUAUUAGAUCGCGACUCUCGUACCUUAAUAAAAGUCUCCUUCUCCAUCGCCUACCCCUUCACAUACACAAAAUUCAGUCCCGAAAUGGCCCAGCAGCUUAUCGACUACGCAAAAUCAAUUUUCGGACCCGCCGCCCUCCAAGAAGUCAUCUUCGAAUCGGAAAAAUCCGUCAGCGACAUCCUCAUGUAUUAUCACACAAACGCCGCCUGCGUCUUGGAAAUCUUCAAGCACUUCCAAAAUCCCGGAAACACCAAAUCCGACUCCAUUUCCAAACUUUCCAGCUACUUGUGCAACAACAUUUUGGCAGUUUUGAAGCAUUUCGAGAUGAACAUCAACGGCGACAAGUACCAACAAACAGAAACGUUACUCAGUUUGGGUCAAAUAAUUCGGUUAAUUGGCACGGAGCGAAUCACUCCCUUCCGUUUUAAGAUAAUGACGAUCUUGAAUACCGCUUUGGGGACGAAUGAUCACAAAAUGAUCGUCAUUUGCAUCAAAGUUUGGCAUAUUUUUGUGCAUACGGUCGACAUGAUGGAACUUGGACCGUUGCUAAGUGCGAUAAUUGUCUCGUUAAAACCCUUUAUUGAGAAUUAUCCGGCGGAAAUUGAUGAAAUUUUCACGUAUUUAAUUGUCGAGAACAGCAGUUUGAUGAACAAAUAUUUCACGGAUAUUUUUUUCUUGGAGGAACUUCCGAUUCGCGAGGAGCUGAAAAGAGCCAUUGAAGUGAAAUUGCAAAGCAGCAACUAUCGAAAGUCAUUUUUGGAGCAACUUGACGAAUAUUUGACGCACAUUUGUCACAAAAAUGUCGUCGUCAAGGCUUUCGGCUUGAAAUACCUCCGGGACAUUCUCCGAACGCAUCGCACGGAACUCAACAAUUUGAUCAUAAACGACGCCAGUAUUCAUCCAAUUCUCGGAGGUUUGUUGCGAAAUCUCAUGAUUUGCUGCAAAGAAAGCGACGAUAACAUCCAAAAAUACGCCGCCGAGUGUCUUGGCGAACUCGGAGCUCUUGAACCUUCGUAUCUCCCGCAAGACUAUCAACCCCAUAGCGAAUUCGCGUUCAGCAUCCACACGACAGAAUUCGCAAAAUUAGCGCUCGAUAAACUUUGUCACGCCUACCAAGUUCAAUCGGACGUGCAAAAUGUCGAUUGUUUCGCGCUUGCCAUCCAAGAAGUCCUGAUUUCGAACAAUGUUGAUCCGGCGAGAGGACAAAAGCUGGAAAUUUGGCAUGCCAUGCCCGAGAAAAUGCAACCGCAGAUUGAGCCGUUGUUGAAAUCGCAUUACACGGCGAUCACGAGAAGAACGUCGUCCAUUGAUUUGCAUCCGAUUUAUGGGAGUAAUGCGGCGAGAUCGUGCGAAGAGUGGGCUGCGAUAUGGGCCACGAAGGUAAUUAAGCAGAUCAUGAAGGAGGAAACGAGGAAUUUGUUGGAGGCGUUUGUGCCGAGUUUGAAGAGAGAUUCGCAGAUUUUGGCGACUAUUUUUCCGUAUGUUAUUUUGCAUGCGAUUUUGUCCAGUAGUGAGAAGGCACAAAAUGAAAUUUUCGGCGAAAUCCAAACCGUUCUCGAAGACAUUCUCAACCCGCGUGAUCAGGAAAACGACAACAACUCCGAAAAACCGCAAGACUCCUCAAACACCGAAAAAAGCCUCAUCUCCUGCGACUUUUUCUACUCCCAAACCUCUACCACGAAAGACCCCAUCGAGGAAAACAUGAAGCUCAAAUGCGCCAAAAUCGUCUUCGGCCUCUUGGAUUUCUUGGAACGCUACUUAUGCGAGCUCCUCGUAAAAUACCCGCAAGCCAACGAAAAAUCCGACUACAAACGCGUCAAAAAUUUCAUCGAAAAAUUCGACUACAACAUGUUGGCACGCGCAAAUUACGAAUGCGAAGAAUACGCCCGCGCCUUAUGGUACAUCGAGCAAUACAUCAACUACGACUCCGGAAGUCGCCUUCAACGCGAACUCGCAUUUUUAGCAAAAAUCCACGCAGAACUCUUGGAUCCUGAUUCAGUCGAGGGCGCCAUGGCAGUCAAGGAGGAAGAACCCUCGUUGGAGGAACAAAUUUUGAUGUACAACGUCACAGGUCGCUUACAUGAGUCCGCAGUUUGCUUCGAACGCAUCAUGCAACUCCAAAAAUACGAACCAUCAAUUAUGAAGGACAUGGUUGGAUGUUAUCUCGGUUUAGAUCAACCUGAAACAGCGUUACUCGUCUCGGAGAGCUUUUACACUCGUUUCGCCGACGAUAAUCCGGAUCUCGUGCUAAAAGCAAAUUGCGCGGAGCCUCUUUGGCGUCUCAGUCGCUGGGAUGAGCUCGAAAAUUUGAUUCAGGAACCCGGAAUUAAGGAAAGUGACAUCUGGGGCAUCAACUGUGGGCAACUUUUGAUCGAUUUUCGAGCUUCCAAACACGAAGACUUCGAUCAGGAAAUCGAUCGCAUCCGAUUAUCGCUCUUGCGGGUCUUGAAAACGCACGAAAGUGAACAAAGUAUUUACCAAAAAUGCUAUUCGCAGAUUUUAAAACUCCAUAUGUUGACGGAAAUUCAAAAGGCGGAAGAAACAAUGCUCGAAAUCGGGUCAGAAACGAACGAAAAUGCCGUUUGUCGAAAUUUGCAGGCAAUGUUGAGCGAUUGGGCAUCGAGAAAUGAACUUUUGCAACCAACUUCGCAUAAUAUGGAGCCACUUUUGUGCUUGCGGAGGAUUAUUUUGAACGAAAUGUGGGCUUUACUCGAAAAAAGACUCAUUUCCAACCCAAGAGCGAUGAAUGUCGUGAAAGAAACUGUCAAUCAGAGCAUUGGAAAAUUAUGGGUCGAGAGCACGAGACUUGCUUCCAAGGCAAAAAUGUUCGAACAAGCCUCUUUGUACAUUUUUAAUGCCGAAAAAUACAAACCCCCGGAGCUGUAUAUCGAAAAAGCGAAGCUUUCAUGGGAAAAAGGCGAUCAAACGACAGCUUUUAAGGUACUUGACACGGGGAUAAAUGACACCAUGCAAGCCAUAGGGGGCGAUGUUCGACUUUUAUCCGCCACAGACCUCAAAAUAUUCGGCGAAGCUCGUCUUUUAGUUGCCGCUUAUAAUUCCGAGUCAGCUAAAUUCGGUCCAGAAUUUAAUUUGAAGUGUUUCAAAGAGUCCGUGGACACGUUCCCGCAGCAGGAAAAGGGAAAUUUCCUCUAUGCUCAAUAUUUUGAGAGGCUCCACGAUAGUUUAGAUGACUCGCAAAAAGGAAAACGCUUGAAAAACGACUACAUUUCGAGUGCGAUGAUUUUUUACGGGAAAUCUCUCAUGUACGGAUGUAAUUUUUUGUAUCAAUCCAUGCCGCGUCUUCUCACAAUUUGGUUGGAUUACACCGCGAGAAAGGAUGAAAAUGCGAGUAAACAACAUAUGCAUCAAAUUAAUCAGUAUAUGAUGCGUUAUACCGAAGCGCUGCCAUCUUUUAUGUUUUUUACGGCAUUUUCGCAGAUCGUGAGUCGUAUUUGCCAUCCGAAUUCCGAGACUUAUACGAUUUUGAAGAAAAUUCUCAUUAAUUUGAUCAAAGUUUAUCCGCAGCAGAGUUUGUGGAUGUUUUUGGCGGUUUAUAAGUCGACAUAUGAGAAUCGAGUCAAAAGAUGCAAGGAGAUUUUGUGUGAUAAGAAUUUGCAGGCAGAGCAAAAGUUUAUCUGGAGUUUCAAUGAGUUGACGGAGAAACUGAUCACGUUGACGAAUUUGAGUUUGCCUGAGGAGAGUUUUAGGGGAGGGACUGUUGAGACGACUAUUACGGCGUUGGAUCGAUCAAUCAUCACAUACUUCAAAACCCGCAAAAACAUCGACAUCCUCAUGCCAAUUCAGGAACAAAUGUCUAUCGUAAAACCUCCAACGCGUGAUCGUGACAAGCCCGCCAGUCAUCACAAACCCUUCCCAAAUGAGCCAAUUUACAUUCACGACAUCUUAGAUCGUGCCUCAAUCCUCACUUCCCUCCAAAAACCGAAGAAAAUCACGCUGGUUGGAAGCAACGGGCGCCAUUACGACAUUUUAAUGAAACCCAAGGACGACUUACGCAAAGAUUUCCGCCUCAUGGAGUUCAACAACGUAAUUAAGCAGAUCUUACUCGAAGACACGGAUGCCAGACAACGUCGCUUGCAUAUCCGAACGUAUGCGGUAAUUCCCUUGAAUGACGAAUGCGGCCUCAUUGAAUGGGUGCAAAAUGUCACGCCAUAUCGAAAUAUCGUGAUGCGUUACUACAAACAGCUCGGAAAAGUCGUUUCAAUGCGAGAUUUGAAGAAAAUUUACCCGACAAAAAGAGAUUCGAUCGACAAGAAAAAACAAAUUUUUGAAACGCAGCUUUUGCCAAGUCAUCCCUUCGUUUUUGGAAAUUGGUUUCGUGAACGUUUUCCGAAUCCUCAUGAUUGGUAUCAAGCUCGUUGCGGUUACAUCAAAACUCUGGCAGUCAUGUCGAUGGUUGGUUACGUUCUUGGGCUCGGAGAUCGGCAUGGCGAGAAUAUUUUGUUGGAUGGAUCGUGCGGAGAUGUUGUUCAUGUCGACUUUAAUUGCUUGUUUAAUCGCGGCGAAUUGUUCGAUGUACCGGAAGUUGUCCCAUUUCGCUUGACACAUAACAUGGUAAAGGCUAUGGGACCCUUGGGCGUCGAUGGCUUGUACCGAAAAUGUUGCGAAAUUACAAUGCGAGCGAUGCAACAACAACGAAACACGUUAAUGUCAGUCUUAAAGCCUUUUGUCUACGAUCCUCUUGUUGCAUGGACAAAAACUACAAGCAAAGCGCAAUUAUUACAACAAGAACGCACCGAUUCCGGCGCCGAGGAAAAUUUACGACAAAUCGAAUUCCGUUUAAAAGGAUUCGUUAAAAUCGAUGGAAGACAAACUACUUCGCCGCUUUCGACAGUAGGUCUUGUCAAUCAUUGCAUCACCGAAGCCACAAACGUUGCUAAUUUGGCAUCGAUGUACAUUGGAUGGGGAUCGUAUUUGUAACCCAAUUUUUUUUUCGUGUAUUUAUGAAUAAACUAUUUUUUUUUCUUUCGUCGUA